CAAGGGAUUUACCGAAGGAUUUUUGGCCGUCGAUAGGCCUUCGGUAAACAUCCAUUAUCGACGGCUUUUGGCAUUUUCCGAGGGCUUCUGGCCUUCGGUAAUGCCCUACUUUUUUGUAGUGCUAUGUAUAUCAUUAAAGCAGCUAAUGAUCCAAGAACAUGCAAUCGUGUGGUAUCUUGUCGGCCUUUGAAGAACAUCAUAACACAGAAUCAGUUGAUAUCAUUAUGGCAGCAAAAGUCUGCUCAAACUUUUACCAACACUUUCGUUUCUGAGCAAGAAAUUAUCAAACUCUCACAGACCUUGCCCUUUCCUGAGAAUAUUCCAGUUUCCAUCAUUCAUAGUGUAUUUGUGAAAGGAGACCUUACGAGCUUCGACAUUGGAGAAGAUGACCUUGAAGCUUCGUUGCUAUAUCCUGAUUAUAAUUAUACCUCCAUUGAUGAAGUUCUUGAUGUAUUUCUUCUUCACCCUCCAACUCCUGCAUCUACUUCUUUCGGAUGAACUUAUAUUAAAC